CGACAUAACUGUCACGAUUACAAUGUCGGAGAAAGUUUCAUGUUCCAUGUGCUCAGUCUCAAUUUCAAUAAGGCGCCCUAAAACGUUUUAUGAACACGUUAAGUUCAGACAUGGUAAAUCGGCAGGUUUUCAUGUUGUUUGUAAACAUCAAGGUUGCGACGGUGUGUACCAUUUAUUCGCGUCAUUUAAAAGGCACUGGAACAAAUGCCAUCCAGAAACUACGACAGUUAGACAAAAUGCUGCUGCUGUUCAAAUUAUUAAUGACAAGGCUAGUGAUCCCGCGUCCAUUAAAGAUGUGGUUGUUGCUAGUAGUAACACAACUGAUGACGUCAGGGCUGGUCUUGAACAAUCAUCAGCUGAAGAUAGGCAUGAUUUUGAUCACGAACAACAACCCCAACAUUCUGGCCAGCAAAAUUUGGUUCCUUCUCAUCGUAAAAUUGAAUCCCUCCUUUUCACUCCUGGUGCUGCGUUUAGUGAAUUUGAAUGGGAGGCUGGCUUGCUACUUAUAUUGCGACAAAGAUAUUUCCUGACCUACGAGGCCCUGCUCUUUGUGUCUGAGUCCAUCCAUGAGCAUUAUUCAAGAAAUAUGGCCAUCGUUCAGGAAAAACUUGCUGCCCUAUUAUUUACUGAAGUAACUAGUAGUACCGAGUUUAAAGCAGCUUUCCUGCGAAUCAACCAAGAAGAACAGCUCACUCGUCAUCGACUAGAGAAAAUUUGGACAAACUUCUUUCCUACCAUUAUGCCAAAGUCGGUCAUUCUCGAUCAAGAUGAACCUUUGUAUGAAUGGAUAAAAGAUGAGAAACUAGGUCAAAUUUUGGACGAGGUCUUCGAGACAGAGUAUGUAGUACCCUUUUUAGAGUCGUUACAACAGUUUCUGUCAGUAAAAGAAGUGAACAGCGCUGUACUGUGAAGUUUCCAAUCUCACACAACCGAUGUUGAGAAUUGCUAGUCUGAUGUUUGGGACGGAACUUUUGUUAAAAGUAUCCCUAUUUUCAUUCGUGAAAAUGGUGCAAUCCUUUGCUUUCAAAUUUACAUGGACGAAGUUGAGCUCGCAAACCCUUUGGGUAGUAAAAAGGGUAAACAUAAAGUUUCCGUAUUUUACUGGGUGUUGUUAAACCUCCCUCCUCAGUUUCGCUCAUCCCUGCGUAGCAUUCAAUUACUUGGGAUCGUUAGCUGUGAUUUGUUGAAGCAACGUGGGUCUGAUGUUUUUUUAAGAUCUUUUAUAGAGGAUUUGAUUCGUUUUUGAGAAUGGUGUAACUCUAACAGUCCGGAACGAAAAAAAAAGUGGUUUGGUGUUUCACUGAAUUUUGCUGGUGAUAUGCCAGCCUCCAACUUUGUGUGUGGGUUCAAAGAAGGGUAGGGUUUUGCUAAAUCUCCAUGUAGAACUUGUACUAUUCAUCGUGACAACUUGGAAACAAUUCAUUGCGAAAUCGAUUGCAUUUUACGUGAUAAAUUGUCCCAUGAAAAACAAGUUUUGGAAUUAUAAAUAGUCGAUCAAACACAAGCCGCAAGAGAUGCUUUGUCUUGUCAGUACGGUGUAAAUCGUAGGUGUCCUUUUUCCGUUUUGAGAUACUUUGAUGCCACUAAAUGUUUCAUGCAUGAUCUUAUGCACAUUUUUAUGAAGGAACUCUAAAUCUCGAAAUAGCUUUACUGCUUCGAGUUCUCAUACCUGAUGACUCAUCCAUUAUCGAAACAGUUAAUUACAACAUCUCAACGCUUAA